CGCGUCCGCCUUCUCCAUAUCCGGUCGGAGAGGGAGGAUGAGAAGAUAUGUGGGCGCGUCCGGAAUUGAAUGCAGGACAUUGGGUGCGGCAUCCCGCGCCAGAGGGCCGCAGGCGGGUGGAGCUUCAACAAAGUCCGGCGGUUUUAUUGGAAAAAGGGGAGGGCCGGAUGGCGGACCGUAACACCGAAGUGCGGCGCCAACAUCUAAAUGGCCAACAGGAAAAAAAGCAGUACCUACACCCCCAACAGCCAGAAUCUUUUUACCCCCCCAAAAAGUGCGCUUGCAAAAAUGAUGAUAUUUGCCGACUUUUCCGCCCUAAGGAAAUAAUUCUACCCUACUAG